AAUAGCAUACCACUUGCCAUCCCUACCAAGGAGCAGUAGUUUGCUUGACUUGACUCAGCCAGGCCAGUCGUAAAAAACAGGGUUUGGGGGAUGAGCAUUGGCUCCUUCUUUCUUCGCAGCAAUGCAGCAUCAGCCUACUGCUGAAGCUCUCCCCCACCCACACGGCUUGCCCUUGGCCAACCUUCUCGAUUCCAUCCGUCAGUCGUCGCCGCCUCACUAAGUUUUCUUAUCUGCGGCGGAGAAAAGAAGGAGAGAGAGAUGAAGGCGGACGUUGCUGUCUCCACCUUCUCUCUUCUGCGAUCCUGAAUUCGUGAGUCCAAACUGCAUCUCCGGCAUUCUCUAUCAGAUCUGAACAGUUCGUCCUGUCUGCACGUCGGAACGGGAAGGCAAAGAAACUUAUUUCAUCAGUUCCAGGAACGAAAUCACCACUGCUAUUAUGAGUUCAUUUCAGGAGUCGAUCGGUAGAGGAGGAGCGGUGCUGCACAUGUGGAACCAAUGGGCAGUCCAGAUACUGGUCUUGACCAGCUUCUCCUUGCAAGUAUUCCUCUUCCUCGUCGGUGGAACCCGUCGGCGCGGCAGCUCCACCGUGCUGAGGGUCCUCCUCUGGUUGGCGUACCUGACGGCCGAUACCGUUGCAACAUACACCCUCGGCCACCUGGCCAUCACUAGCGGCUCACAUCUGCACCAGCUCUCGGUGUUUUGGGCACCUUUCCUGCUGCUGCACCUGGGCGGCCAGGACACCAUCACCGCCUACGCCUUAGAGGACAACCGGCUCUGGCUGCGUCACCUGCAAACUCUCGUGCUGCAGUUCCUUGGAGUUGCUUAUGUCCUCUAUAGGUGUUUAUCUGGCAGCUGGGGAUUGGUGACUGCAGCCAUAUUGAUGUUCAUACUUGGUGCUGCCAAGUAUGGGGAUAGGAUAUGGGCACUCAAGUGCGCUGACAAUAUUGGCAUCGACGGCCUCACAGACAAGUACUGCCAUAAGGUGCUUAAUAACCGUUACUUGGAGGUUUCUGGGAUGGAGGAGGAGGAGAUGGUUAAGCAGGGAGCUCACAUCUUGCUUAGCAUAUGCGUGUCCCAGUUCAACGACUGUACGCUAAAGAAGACAACAUUGUACCAGUAUAAAACCCUGGAGUAUUUGGUCGGCAGCAAGAAGAUAUACAGUGUAAUUGAGAUGGAGCUGUCGCUGAUGUACGACAUGAUGUACACCAAGGCCGGGGUGAUCCACACUUGGUACGGACACGGCAUCCGCCUCUUCUCGGUGAUUACCAUUGUCCACGCAUUCGUACAAUUUCGGUUCUUUAUCAACAAGGAUGGUUACCGCAGAGUAGACGUGUAUAUCACUUACAUCUUGGUGGUUGGGGCCUUUGUCCUUGAGAUGACAUCAUGGAUCAUGGCACUAGGGUCGACGUGGGCACGCCAUUUCCUGUACAUUCGGGGAUGGAACCGGCUUUACCGUGUAACUGUGUCUCUUCGCCGGCUUGUCAAUGCAGUAGGAUGGAGGAUGUGGUCAGGCAACGUUGGGCAAUUCAACCUCUUUAAGUAUGCACAAGAGCAUGCAUCCAUGGACAUGCAUAAACUGAAGGACUUGGCUCCUCCCGUGCACAUUUCUGCACCUACCAAGGACUUGGUGGUGAAUAUGAUCACCAAGAUAGUGGCGAGGCAUGGUGGCGAAGCGGAUGGUUUGUAUUCCUUGAACCAGAAGGCGGAGAACUGUGAGCUCCCUGUACUUGACUGUGAUUUUGACACAAGAAUCAUCAUUUGGCACAUCGCCACUCAUGCUAUUCUUCUCUGGAUCAAGGACAAAGAGAGGCAACGAGAUGAUCGCAACUACGAGAAGGCAAUCAAGACGCUGUCCAAUUACAUGGUGUUUCUCCUCGUGAAGCACCCGGAGAUGUUGGUGGCCCAUACUAGCCGCCAAUUGUGCCUAGAAGCCUUGAAUCUGCUCAAAUUUGUGGACACAAACGGACUCGCCGAGUAUCUUUCACAGGACACUCUGCCUGUGCAGGGGCCGCUGAUGAAGAAUGACCCUUGUGUCAGGGGAAUGGCGCUUGCCAAGAGCCUGGUCGGUAACGAAUGGGAGAGGCAUCACCUGCUGGAGGUGGUAUUUGGGGCUUGGGUCGUGAUGUUAUGCUACGCAGGCAGCCACUGCAACAGGGAUUCCCACGCUAGGAGGCUGAUCGAGCAGCGGCGGCGAGUUUCUAACCAUCGUGUGGCAGCUAGCAGGGCACCUCUCCCAUUAUGAGAGAGAGAAGCACGAGCAAGCUCGGAAAGAAGCUAGUAUAACAAAGUGGCGUGAGGAAGAUAGAAAACACACCAUGCGUCUGAGGAGACCUUUGAUUGGCCGAGGGGAUGGGAUGCUACAAAGAGACGUUGAACUUGGAGCAACUUCCUACUCUCAUAUCGACCAAGGCAACAGGAGCAAUGCAGCUCCUGAUACCUGAGGGUUGUUCUGCAUUAUGCCCGCAGUUAUAAAAGGAUUUGAGUAGGUCGGUAGGGCAGCUUGCGUUCAUGAUACAUUUUGCCUUCUGCCCUACAGGCUUUAUUCGAAGCGAGUAAAUUCAGUGGGCAUGUAUGUCAUGAAACAAGCUCGCAAAGCAUUUCAAGACUAUUACUGCAGGGGCCUAGCAAAAUGGCUUGGGUGGUGCAGGAAGUUUCUGAAUCGAAGUUUUAUUCAUCUGGCUUGACCGGUAAUGUUAUCCCUUUGAUCGAUCUGUAGACUGUAGUAGGAGUGAAGGCACUUGUUGCUUUAGUUAGUGCUUUUUGUAUGGUAUGUUAUCUAGUUUU